AUGGCGGCAGCGAUACAUGCGUCGGCAAUCGACCGCAUCGAGCUGGAGAGUCUCAGCAAGUUGGCUGGGCUGGUGUCAGACAAGGACGAGGAACGCAGGAGAGAGUUCUUCUGUCUCAGACGCUACAUCCCCUUCAUCGUCAAGCUCUCUAGCAAGAUCGGAGAGAACUACCUCUCACUGCUGAGCGAGGAGGAGCGGAGCAAGUGUUACGAUGUAUUCUUCAUCAGCAAGUUCAUCGAGGGUGCCGGUCCCUCCCUUCUGGGCCUCAACAACGCGCUGAAGCAGAGUGGGAACUCGUUUACUAUCAACUACCACUGCAACCUCAUUCAAACAUGGUUCUCCUCGGGGGGGAUCACAAACUUCAUGCGAGACUUGAUGGACCAGAGUGCUGCCGGGGAGAACGAGGAGGAUGCUGAGCAGGUGCUAGUGUCUCUGCCGGAUCGCAUCGGCAAUAAACUCGACGGAAAGGUCCCCAAGUUCUUCCACCCCAAGGAAUACUUUCCUUUCCUCCUAACAGCCUGUCUCCGUUUCCUCGAAGAAACCCCAAUUCAAGUCGGCGAAGAGGACGAGGACUCGCUCGUAGCCUUGAAGCCUUGCCUUGCUUUCGCCGGUUCUCUCUUCGGGAAGAUGGCGAUCACCGGACAGUCUCAGCUAUCGGCGACUUGGCUGUUGAGGCACCUGGUGGUGGCGGAGGAGGACAAGGGGCCGGAGGAAGGGAGCAAGGUUUCAUCCUCUAUUGUUGAUGAAGUGACGGCAAAGAAGCGGAUGGUAGAGGAGACGUUGAGCAAGUACAACAAGCGGAGGUCGAUCAUCAUCGCUCGAAACAUCCUGGGCAACCUCAAAUCUCGUCACCUCGACACCUUCCUGCACCACCUCAUCUCUUCCGCUCCCAGCGACCUGGUCGGAGAAAGGCCGACGCUCGGAGAGGGCAGGGUGAACUCACUCGUUGUUGACCUGGUGGCUCCGAUGUGCUUCGAGGACGAGCGAGUGCGAGACCUGCUGUUCCGAGAGCUCAUGAUCAAUCGAGUCUCGCUGCAGAGAGGUUGUAAAGAACGAAUCUUGCUCAUGGUCUUGAGCACAGACUAUCUUGAGAUGAGUCGGUACGAAGGGAAGCGAAGCAACUUGUAUGCGGUCACGAGAUCUCUGUCAGAGCUGUUUGCCAGCGAGAGCUACACUAAGACGAGGGACGAGGAGCACCAGUCUCGGCAUGCGAUGGGAGGCCGAGCAGCCAUCGAGGAGGCUCAGGUUGUCACGUUUGUCUUGGAAGCUAUCCAGCUGCGGCUUGCAGGGCACGUGGACUGGAUGCGCCGGCACGGAAUGCAACUCGCCGAGCAGUUCUCCAUCAUCUGGAACCCAGACAACCCCAUCAAGUUCGAGGAGGACGAGGCAUCGUCCCUGCCGCAUGCUCAGGAUGCUUCCGAGCCACACCAGGACGAAAGAAAGGGGAGGAAUGGGAGUAUUUCUCAGGGGCAGCCGAAUGACGGGGAGGUUACAGUGGAGGAGGACAAGGAGAAGAAGAAGAAGACGAGACCGAAGAGGAGACGGCAGCAGACAAGUGGCCGCAGGAAGUGGCAGGCAUGUCAGGACCCGGAUCGGAUCAUCUUGUCGAGCGCUAGCGAGAGCGAGAGCGAGGAGGAGGGAGGCAGUGACUCGUGCACGGACGAGGAGGAGGCUGGAGGACCAGCAGCACGUGCAAGUCACCUCAUCGACGACGGCGACAGCGACAGCGACGAUGGUCUCGUUCCCUACCAGGUGGAGGAGAGCGAGCUUGAGAACUGCUUCGCCCGGCAGGCAGCAGUGGAGGAGAGAGACGUCGAGUCAGACCUGGUGCCCUUGCGGUAUGGGGAAGGAAGAGUCUCCCUGCCUACGAACCUGCGGCAGUGCUUGCGAGGGCUGACCAGUCAGAACCCAGACGAGGUUUGUAAGAAGUAG